AUGAAAGACACCACACCCCGCAAGAAGAUCAUUGUCGCCCUGACAGGCGCGACAGGCGCCCAAAUCGGCAUCCACAUCCUCCAGACCCUCCGCCGCCUCAACGUGGAAACGCACCUCAUCAUCAGCAAAUGGGCCGCCGAGACAAUCAAGUGGGAAACAGACUACACGCCCGCCGCGGUAAAAGCCCUCGCCGACCACGCCUACAACUCACACGACCUGGCCGCGCCCAUCGCGAGCGGCUCGUACCGCGUGGACGGCAUGAUUGUCGUCCCGUGCUCCGUCAAGACGCUCGCGGCGAUCAACGCGGGCAUCUGCGACGAUUUGGUGACGCGGGCGGCGGACGUCUGUUUAAAGGAGCGCAAGAGGCUGGUCUUGUCUGUCAGGGAGACGCCGUUUAGCGAGAUUCAUUUGCGGAACAUGAUGGAGGUGACGCGGGCUGGGGCGAUUAUCGCGCCGCCUGUGGUAGGGUUUUAUACUAGGCCGUCAUCGAUUGAUGAUGUGCUCGAUCAGAUGGUGGGACGGUUGCUCGACCUGUUUGAUUUGGAUGCGAGGAAUUUCGAACGUUGGGAUGGGAUGCAGCAGAGUACCACAAGUAGGAAAUAA